GCACUGACGUCACACUUUAGUUAGCAACCGUUGCUAUGCUGCUCCUGAUGGUCAAGCGCGCAUGUUUACAUAGCGUGCACAGUCAAAAUCACGCAAUAUUAUGCCCAACAAAUCAGCUGAAAAGGGAUUUUUACCUGGCUGCUCUUUAUUGAUAAGUGACAAACAAUCAAAAGAAAGAUAUCUUAAAAAGCUAGAGCAGUUUGACGGCCUAGAUCCGUACGAAAUUCCAAGAAAAGAAUGGCAAGACGACGUCGAGCUAUGGCCGUCUAUGUCGUACAUCAAUGUCGGCAUGUAUCUACUGUUUUCAAAGAGCCCCUACACUGAAGAAAAAUUACAAAACUAUAAAAGUUUGACAUGUUAUCAGAACUUUAUAAAUGGAUGGGUUCGCGAGAUUUUUGUAAAAGAUUUCGCCGAAAGAAGACUGCUAAUCGCCAAGGUAAACCAUUCCCAGAGAAUGAGUGAAAAGCCAUUAACUCCGUGGGUACUUAUUCACAAGGAUGGAAAAGUGAUCGCUGCACACUGCGACUGCAUGGCCGGCCUUGGAGAAAGCUGUUCGCAUAUUGCUUCUUUACUUUGGGCAAUCGAGGCUGGAGUUAAAAAAAGAGAUUCAUUAACAGUGACUGAUAAAAAGGCCUACUGGGUGCUUCCUUCUGCCAUAAAAAAAGUUCCCUAUGCAAAGAUAAGCGACAUCGUUUUCAGCAAAUAUGGAGGGGAAGCCAAAAGAGCAAGAACCGAGUCGAAAGUUCCAAAGUCAACUGAAAUUGAAAUAAUACAGUUCUUAUCGAGUGUCAAACAGUGUUGUAGUUCAAAACCUGCAAUAAUGUCUCUAAUCAAAGAUUUCUCUGACGAAUUUGUUCCAUCAUCUUUAGACGAAGAUCUUCCACCUGUUUUAUCUAAUUAUUUUGACAAGGAACUGUUAAACUCAGACUGUGACACUGUGAUGUCUGUGUGUGAACAGAAACUGCCCAUUUACAAUAUAAAUGCAAAACAGCAAUUAACUGUUGAAGAGAAGACAAGAAAACAAGCAAGUUCAAGAUUAUGGUUUAGAAUGCGAGCUGGUAGAGUCACUGCUAGUAAAUUCAAAGCUGCAUGUUGUACAAAUGCCCUAAAACCAUCACAUAGUCUGAUUAUGAGCAUCUGUCACCCAGAGCUUGUAAAGUUUAGCAAUCAAGCUACAAAGUGGGGUUGCAGUCAUGAGGUAACUGCAAAAGAAGUUUAUUAUCAAGUUCAAAAAUCAAGACAUCAAGAACUGAAGGUUGAAGAAUCUGGUUUCUUUAUCAGUACUGAACAUGGGUUCCUAGGAGCAACACCAGAUGGAUUGGUUUCUUGUAAAUGCUGUGGAAAGGGUGUGUUUGAAAUUAAGUGUCCCUUUUGCCAAAAGGACAAAGAUAUAGCCCRGUGUACUGAUGAAAAGAACUUCUGCCUUGAAACUACCCCAGAAGGCACACCUCAGCUCAAACGUAAUCAUGCCUACUUUUACCAGGUACAAGCUCAAUUGUUUUGCACUGGGCGCACUUAUGCUGACUUUGUACUAUGGACUGAGAGAAGCGUACACGUUGAGCGGAUCACACCUGACCAAACAUUUAUGGAGACAAAUGUAGCCAAAGUGGAACAGUUUGUGAUUAAGGGUCUUCUACCAGAAAUUCUAGCUACAUGGUACUCUAGACCAACUGUUGCAGAUCAUUUUAAAGGGGACAAUGGUUCAAGGCAGGAUUAAGCUUGACACACUUGUCUGGAUUUCACUUUCUAUUUAUUGUAUUUUUAUUGUAUUUUUAUUGUAUUUCUA